UAUGAAAUGUUUGAACUGUACGUGAAACCAUGGUUACAAACAUAAAAUUUGGUUAGUUUUUGUAAAUUUUCAAGUCAGCAAGUCAAGAAAAUUUCGUGUUAAAUUAUUCAGGCAUACAAAAUUCCAAGCACAAUGUUGUCGAAGCUGAGAUUAGCAACACUCCAGGCCAACAACAGCUUUCGCUCCUUACACCAUCAGCAUGUCCUCGGCGUCACCCCACUGGCUGGAGUCUCUCCCCCGGUCAGUACCGUGCAGAGACCUCAGCAGUUGUCCUGGGUUCUGGAACCAUCUGCUGCCCUCCUGGAUUCGACUCUGUUACGAUCCUACUCGUGCUGUGGGGGCGGUUCCUCAAAAAAGAACCCUCCAACUGCACCCCAGUCCAAACAAUCCAAGAACAAUCCCAACAAAACGACAAAGGAUAGUAAAAGUUCGAGUUCCUCCAGCAAUAAGAAGAAGAAGCAAAAUCCUAAAAAGUAGGGGGUAAAGAAAGCGUCCAGGACAGUUAACGCUGAAAUGUAAAUCACAAUAUGUUUUCAAAUUAUGAGUCCAAUAAAGUUGUAAAUAAUUUACAGGAAA